UCCGGCUUGGUCUUCAGUGCAACAGAUACCAAAGUGCCUGCCAGAGGCAAGGCAAGGAUUUCUACAGAUUUGAGCAUUGACAUUCCUCCAGGAGCCUACGGUCGUAUUGCUGCACGGUCGAGCCUGGCAUGGGAUCAUUCGAUUGAAGUUGGAGGUGGUGUUGUAGAUGCUGACAAGAAUCCAGUUUUUGUGAUCUUGUACAAUCAUUCUGAUGUUGAUUUUGUAGUUAAGGUUGGAGACAGAAUUGCUCAGCUGGUCAUUGAGCUUAAUGCAACACCUGAAGUCGUGGAGGUUCAUCAGCCCUGACUGACCACCCUUAAAAGCUACUUGUUAAUGGUUUCGUUAUCUCUCGAAUAAUGUUGUUUGGAACCUCUUGCAUUCUGUUAAUUAAGAAAUUACUCGCUAUUUUCAGUUCGAUGCUAUUCCCAAGAACUGUGUUCCCAGAA